GGCCAGAAUAGCACAAGGCUGCAGAUCACGUGUAGGCGCUCCUUGUUUACUUAGCAAGUCGAUCUGAUAAAGCUGCCGGUGAAAGGCCACAACAGCAGUGACAUGUUCAACAACAACAACUACAUCCGUAACAGUUUGCUGCUUGACUGCUGCUGUAUAUAUACGUGUGGAUAGUCAGUGAAAAUGGCUAUCCGUGGAGAGCGCUUUCACAUCGACCUCUCUGACGAUGACGACGACGACGACAACCCUCGCCCCCCCGUCCAAUCGCAGUCCCUAGAUUUUAUCGGCGACAUCAAGGAGCGAGCAUCCUCUUCUACCUCUCUACCACCUACUCCUCCACGAGCCUCCUCCAGUUCCACGGGUUUUCCAGAGCCCCGAAAACGAUCUAAGGUGUCUACUUUCAAAAAGCAAAGAGCAGAGCCAGAAUCUUUGCGAAAUCAUAAACAGCCCUCAGAGAGCGCUUCUGGUAGAUUCAAUCUCAGCCAGGCGCCUUCCUAUGCGGAAUAUGAGAAGAAAUCCAUAGAAGAAGAAAACAAACGGAGACUGGCCGCCAUGUCUCCUGCUGAGAUUGAAAGAGAGCGCGGGGAAUUGAUGUCUGCGCUUCCGCAAUCACUCAUCGAACGCCUCCUCCGAAGGGCAAAUAUCGAGGAGGACCACCAACAUGAGGAAAUGAAACAUCGGAUGGACAAGGGGAAGAGGGAUAUUAAGGAGGCUAAUUCGCCAACAGUGUCAAAAGAAGAACCAGAGGGGACAUCUACGCAGCUCAAAAAGCCUCCCAAAUCAGUAUCAUUUGACAUUCCACCUUCGCAGACAGUAGAAAAGUCCGCCGAUGCAGACUUUGAAGAACAAGAACGACCCCCCAAACCAUCAUCGACCAUAGAUAACCUCCCACCUCCCUACCCACCUUCCGAACUAUACCCCGCCUCCGAAUUCCCAACAGGUCCUAUCCAUUUCCCCAAACCUCCCCCACGCCAAUCUCCAAUGCCAAACCUCGAUCCCUCCUCCCCAUCCUUCCUCGCAGACCUACAAACCCACUACUUCCCAGAUAUCCCGCACGAUCCUUCUUCCCUCUCCUGGCUCCAGCCACCUAACGACCCUGCAUCCGACGAUCCAACUAACCCUUCCACAUCCCCCUACCACCCCGACAGCGCCGCCACCUCCGUCUCCCCCGCCUCCCUCCGUUUCUCGCUCACCGGCAACCUCCUCGCCCCACGCACCUCUCUCUCCAUCCCCACAACCCUAGGCCUCCACCACCACGCUGACGAUCCCGAAGCGGCCGGCUAUACAAUCCCCGAACUUGCAAUCCUCUCUCGCUCCACGCUCCCCGCCCAGCGCUGUCUGGCCUGGCAAGUUCUCGGCCGGUUCCUGUAUAGGUUGGGGAAGGGGGAGUUUGGGGAGCGCGGUAGCGCACUUGUUGAGGGGCUGUGGAGUGUUGUGGAGCGCGAGCAGGUGGUUGCGGGUAUGUUGGCUGAGGCUGGGGGUGGCAGUGGCUCGAAAUCUGAAUCACCUUCUACUACGGCUACCACUUCCACUACUCCUCCUGGCGCUGGUACUAGCGCUGGUUCAAGUAAUGUGGGACGCAUCGGGAAACACGCCAGCGCGCGAGCGUGGGCGACGGAGGCUAUUUGGCUUUGGAGGAGGGGAGGCGGCGGGGAUAGAGGAUUGACCAAGGAAGGAGUUCUCAGGUCGAAGUAGUUAGCAUUAUGGGAAGGAUAUGAGGAUUUCUUUGGUUUCACAUUGCACUUGUCGGCGAUGCACGGAGGUCUGGAACAAAGACCUUCUCUCCACGCUAGAGAUUUACAUGGUGUGGCAAAUCAGUUAACUACACACGGGGGUUGACCAACUCACAAGAGGUUGCAGGCGUGGUUCCCACAGCUUAGUUAUCAAGUUAGGCGUUCAAGACCUGAUAACUUCUGCCACGUGGAUUAGAAUUGUUUGAGAUUGGGUAUUGGGAUUUCCAUUCAACUUUUAGUGUGUUGGAAGGGCCUUUGUUGCACUGCUCCGUGUAUUUUCGAGCCACUUCUUAGCUGUUUCUGUCGGCUUCUCACAUUUUGCAUCUGGAUUACGGCGAGGAAUGUUUGCUUUCGAGCGCAUAUCAUGCUGCAUUUGGUCAGCUCUUCGCGCCUCCGGCUCAGAGAUUCGACGAACAUGGCCAAUCCGCGCUCUAGAUACCAGCGUCAAAAAAGAAUUCGCCGAGAGGUUAUGCGCAUAUUUCAGUCGCAUGCAAUCGGAACACCAAAUCUUUUAACUGAGCAUGGGCAUUUCAACGCCAUGGUUUAGAACUCUAACGGAACUACCCCGCUAUUUGACUGCGAAGUCUUACACAAAACUAUGGUCGAGCUUCAUGGCUUUAUUGAAGAUUAUACACCUACAUAUUGCCCAUCCUUACAUCGAAUCCUUAAAUACAAUCAAUCAUUCUUGAAUGUUGAGAGAUCAUGAACAUCAAAUAGAGGUCUUAGAUGUGAUGUGUGUGGCAGUUAGUAAUUACAGGCACUUUUCAGAUAAAGUCAUUACUUCCCAACACCCAUCCCUCCCUCCGGGAACCCUUUCUCUCACUACCACGGUCCACAUCUGAAAGCGUUGUAUUCUUUGUCGAGUGACCCUAAUUUGCAGAAAUAACCCUACAACGCAAUGGAAAAGGAGAAACCUUAAGAUGCUUGCCUGGCCCCUUCUUGUAUAUUGACUUUGCUUAGUAAAGGUUUUACCAAAAAGCAUACUGAGCUAUGGCGACGCACAGCGUUAAGGCCAUUUUCGCUGAUCGGCGACAAAUGUCCCUAAACCGGUUAGCGUAAUUCUUUCUUGGCCCGAUAAGCUUAAAUAGACCCAAACCUUAAAAAUGGAGGAGCCGCCUGCGAGGCGAUCUUUUGCCUAUUUUUUUCUAAAAAUCACAACCUCGCCCUCUCCUUCUCAUGCUCACUCUCACGUACAACUACCCCCCUAACACCAUUCCUUUCCUGCUCCUUCAGAACCCGUCUCAAAAUCUUCCCACUCGUACUCUUCGGCACCGCAUCCGUAAACUCGAUCUCUUCCACCCACUUAAAUCGGACCUUCCUCUCCCUAACAUACUGCAUCAGCUCCCUCCCAACACCCUCUGAUUUUUCAACGCCCGGUAUGAGCACAACGUACGUCUUCGGUCUCUCACCCGCAUAGUCGUCCAUUUUGCCCAGCACCGCUGUAUCAGAGACAUACGGAUGGCCAAGGAGUAAAUCUUCAAGUUCGGCAGGCGCAACGGCGAUUCCCUUCACCUUGAUCAUCUCCUUGAUCCUAUCGACGAUCGUGACUAGGCCUUCCUCAUUCAUACUACCAAUAUCGCCCGUGUGGAAGAAUCCGUCCCCACAGAAGGAUUCGGCCGUGGCGCUCUCGUUGCCGAGAUAACCCAUGGCGAUCUGUGGGCCCUUGGCAAGGAUUUCUCCAGGUUGGUUAUAGCCCAGUUCCUUCCCCUGGUCAUCGACGAUUUUGAUUUCCGUGCACGGGAUCAAAUCGCCCACUGUGGUCGCGUACUCGUAGCCAUAGUACUUAGGAGAGUGGGAGGUCAGACAGCCGCACGACUCUGUCAUGCCAUAUCCUUGUCUAAACCCGGCGUCGGGGAACCUCUUCGCGAGCAAUUGGACGACUUCUUUGCUCAGUGGUGCGGCGCCGCAGGAUAUGCGUUUGAUGGAGGAGAGAUCGUAUUGGUCUACGAUUUUAUCUUGGAUGAAUCGGAUGACGAUUGGCGGGACUAGGAUUAGUUCGGUGAUUUUGUAUUCCACGAUGGACUUGAGGGUGAGUUCCAUGGUAAAUUGUGGGAGGAGGAUGACUUCGUCGUUUUGGUGGAUGGGGCUAUUGCAGAAGCGGUUGAGGCCGGUGACUAUUGCAUUCAGGAAGCGGGGAUAGGUGGGGCUGCAGUUAGUCAAUAUGCGAGAUAUAUCGUUGACACCUAGCUAUCGGGCGGCGUAUGAUGUGGGGAGACUCACUGUGAAACAGUGGUAAAGCACCGAGAAACGUUUUUGGUUCGCACGGAGUGAUCGCUUUCAUCUGCAAACACUGGACCAUUACAUUGUGAUGCGAAAGCAUGACCUGUGAUGGAGAGUUAGCAGAGCCACCCCACCCCCGCUUCGAAUAUCUUUAGCAUAUCUCACAGCCUUCGGCAAUCCAGUUGUUCCACUGGAAAAGUUCAAAAAGCCGCAGAUAUCCUUAUUUGUCUUGCCGGCCGGUAUCGUAUAUGGGGGAAUCUGGCCCUGCUCGCCGUAGCCUUUCCCGAUCUCUUGCAGGUCCUUGAAGGUAGUGAAUCCCUCUACGUUUCCUUCGAGUAGAAAGAUAUGUUCUCGCAGAAUUCCAGCAACCUUAGCAGCAGCCACGGCAACCUUCAACGAGUUCGGGCUUGUCAUGAGAUAUUUUGUCUCCGCCUUCGUGAGGGCAUAUGCCAUUUCCUCAAUGUUGUACGCUGGGGAGGCCCCAGCCACCUUACCACCUAUAGCAAAUUAAGAAAAAAAAGGCAGCUUCAGUGAAUGUACUAGCGUGAAAAUGGGCCUAUGUAAUAUAUACAUACCCGCCCUGAGCCCCGCAAACAUAGCUACAGGAUACCAGAUUGUGUUCUGACUGAAGAGUGAUAUGGUGUCGGCUUCCUUCAUGCCAUAUUUCCUCACCAAAGCCGUGCUUGCGUAAGUUGCGGCUUCCUUGACUUGUACCCAAUUGACGCGUUCCUUUGUAACCGCAUUGGUAUAUCCCGCCAGCUCGUGCGGCUGGUAUUUGUGUAGGACCGAGAAUUGAGGCGAUUCGAAUAGCCACUGCCAUACCGUUAUAUUUGUGGGAACUGCGGGUUUGCUCUAUUAGUAAGAAUGGAUAGGAAAUAGAAAAGUAGGGGCAAGCGAAGAAAGCACAUCAGAUAGGCUGAAGAUGUGGAAAUGUUGAAAAGCCAGAAACCCGGGAUUCUAUCCCCUUAUAUGCCUACCAUCGAUCUCAGGAUGUCUUGAUCUGAACGUCAUUUUCCAAAAUGCAGAUAGCCGAUUGUCUCACACCAUGAAAACAAACAUAAAUCAAAAAACAGGUCGAUUUAAACGGUCUAUAUCGCUAUUUCUAUGUAUUUAAAAGGAGUUAACUCUCAUGGAACGGCUAUAUCGUUUCCUAAGAAUCUUCAGAAUUCGGCUCUGCCGAUUUCAGACCUUUCGGCAAUGAAAGGCUGCGGGGUCGGUUCGGCACUGCAAGCAUACAGCCGGCCCUCGAUCUGCGAAUAUCCUCAGAAAUAGCCGGAUGGAUGAAAUUUCACAUAAUUCUUUGUCCUCGCUCGAAUGCUUGACAUGAAAUAUAUUAUUUAAAAAAAAUUUGAUGUCGAGUAUACCACUUCUGGAGUAAGGGGUUGUGCGGGUGCGCAGAGUAUACAACCUAGGCGAUGCGGAUUAGGAGAUGGUCCAGAUAUAAAUAAAGUUCACAUUGCCGACACGAAUGAUUGUGCAUACACUCAUUCAAUCCACUGAAGAAGGUGUGAGCACGUUGACUCCGCUCCUUUGGGGCUAUGUGCCUCAACUGUCGGAAUGGUACCUCGGAUGAAUAUGUCGGAAAACAUAUGAAUCUCAUGUGUAUC